GUAAACGAUAAAAACCUGUAUACAUAUAGGUGCAUUUUCAGAACAAUACUUAUUCUCGUCAAGGCAACUGCGUUGUAAAUAAGAAAGAGUGUUAAAAUACCGGUGUUUUCUUCGAAAAAUAUUGUUUUAUAUAGCACCUGUGAGAUUCCAGGAUGUCUUUCAAGAGUUUGAUUUUGUUCUUCGCGUUAUUUCUAAGCUACAGUCUAGUAACUAGUCAAGUUUUUGACGUCGAUGUAGUCAUCGACCCUGGAGCAACCAUCAAGUCUGGUGCAGUCAUCGGCUCUCACACACUCAUCAACUCUGGUGCAGUUGUUAACGCUGCGGUCAUAGACUCUAAUGUACUCAUCGGUUCUGACGCAGUCAUCGGCAGUGGUGCGGUCAUCGGCCCUCGCGUAUUCAUCAACUCUACUGCAGUUAUCAACAAAGGCGCAAUCAUUAACUCUAAUGUAUUCAUAGGUUCUGGUGCAGUCAUCGGCUCCGGUGUAGUUAUAGACUCUGAUGUAUUCAUUAACUCUAGUGCAGUUAUCAACAAAGGGACAGUCAUCGCUCCUAAUGCAAUCAUUGACACAGGUGCAAUCAUUGGCAUUGGUGCAAUAAUCGGCUCUCGUUCAGUUAUCCACUCUACUGCAGUCAUCAACAGAGGUGCAGUCAUUGACUCUGAUGUAAUCAUUGAAUCAGGUGCAUUCAUCGGCUCUUAUGCAAUUAUCGGCUCUGGUGUAAUCGUUAAUUCUAAUGCAGUCAUCAAUUCUAACGCAGUCAUCAGUUCUAAUGUACUAAUCUCUACUGGUGCAGUUAUUGACUCUAGGGCAAUCAUAGACUCUAAUACAAACAUUGGCCCCGAUGCAUAUAUCGGCUCUGGUGCAGUUGUAAACGCCAGUGUAAUCAUCGGUUCUGAUGCAUUCAUCGGUUCUGGUGCUCGCAUCAAUACUUCAGCAUUGAUCGGUCCUGGUGCAGUCAUUGGCUCUGAUGCAGUCAUCGGCCCCAGGGCAAAAAUCGGCUUUAAUGUAACUAUCUCUCAUGGCGCAGUCAUCGGCCCCAGGGCAAGAAUCGGCUCUGAUGUAACCAUCUCUCAUAACGCAGUCAUCCCUGCUGAGGCAUCCAUCUUACCUGGUGCAGUUAUUUCUCCUAUUACAAUAAUUCCCUCGAACGCUGUGAACUCCACCGAACCAGUGACCUUCCUUGGUGCAGCUGGUAAUGACACCAGUAGCUCCAUCGUCUUCCGUCCAUGACUCCAUGGUCUUCAUUUACUUGUCAUACUCGUAUAUUAUUUAAUAACAUGAAGCUGAAGAGUUGGUCUGCAUGCGCUUAUCUUAGGAGGCUUGGUUUGAAAAAUAAAUUCUAGGCAAGUUUUAGGGUACUUUUUGUAUGAAUAUAAUACCUGCACCACGCUUUUGGUCGUGAGCAAAACCGCCAUUUAUUAUUUUUUUGCACGCUUUCAGACGAAAUUUGCACUAAAUUGAUUAGUUAGGUACGUUUCUUUAGGUACGCUUCUAUAGCUUGUAACUAUUAGGACAUGUUUUUGUAACAGAAAAUGUAUUGAUAAGUUGUAAACAUAUCUUAUUUACUUAAAAACCGCGAUCUAGCUUUAGAUGUAAGCAACAUUGUACUACUUGAUGUUAUUAUUUCUACUUUUAUAUUCACUGUAUUUGUACAACAAUAAUUAAACAUAUCAUUAAAG